AUGAUGUACCCGCCCGACGAGGUCCACACAUCCUUUAUUACCGACCACGCCAACUAUUGCUACCGGGUGAUGCCCUUUGGCCUUAAAAACAUGGGAGCAACCUACCAGCAGCUGAUGGACAAGGUUUUCUACCAGCAGAUCGGGCGGAACAUGGAGGUCUACAUCGACGACAUGGUAGUCAAGACCAACUCAGCUACAGAUCACGCUUCUGACCUUGCCGAGGUGAAUAACAAAGUAGAAAAACAUAACAAAAACGGCCUAGGUGGAGGCGUUGUCACUAGAGCUAUCCUCGACAUCGUCUUCCUUGACAAGCUUCCCGAAACGGAUGACUUUCUCCACAUGCAUGGUAAAGAAAUCGAAUCCUGGCGCGAGAAGCCUGGCCUGGCAAGCAGCCUUGAGGAAACCCCUCUUAUGCUCAAUCAGAACCGAGCGCUCGGUCUCCUCAAGCUUCUUCUCCAGCGCCGCCUUCUCUGCCUCCAGCUUCGCGAGGUCCGCUCUCAGGGCGGCAAUAUCCUAUUCCCUGCCACCGAGAAUGACCUCAUCGCGGAGACAUUCCUCAACCGCCACAACAAGCUCGCCCCUUAG